UCAACACCAGCACGCGAUGACCUCCUGAACAACGUGGAACGAAAAGGAUAGAUAGAUAGAUAGAUAGAUAGAUAGAUAGAUAGAUAGAUAGAUAGAUAGAUAGAUAGAUAGAUAGAUAGACAGACAGACAGACAGAUAGACAGAUAGAUAGACAGACAGAUAGACAGACAGAUAGAUAGAUAGACAGAUAGAACAGAAAAGUGUCUCUUCUGCAAAGCUUCUCGGAGGAGCAGAAGAUUGCGUCGUAACUUUUCCCCUCAGACGCGACACACAGUCUCACCUCAUGCUCUGUUCGGGGGCAUGAGGGAGGAGAGACCCUGAUGAUGAAGUGACGUUGGGCGUGUACCGCUCCAGAAUUCUUCGCCCACACCAGCUCUUUGGUGGCUUAGUCAAGAUGUGAGCGGAUGAUUUCUUUUGUUUGACACUGUGGACUUCCUGAUUUGGACUUUUCUUUUUGACUUUGACCGCAUUUCCCCCCUUCCCAUCCCAUGCGUUGUGGGACCAAUGGUUGAUUUUAAGGUGUAUUUACUCUGAUCUGGAUACGUUACUGAAGCCUGAUGAAGAAUAAGGCUGCCAAGCUGAAGUCCAAAAGGAAAGGAACUGAAAAUGCGUUCGGCUGUGACUUGACUGAACAUCUGCAGAAUUCAGGACAAGACGUUCCUCACGUUCUGAAGACUUGCGCAGAGUUCAUAGAGGAACAUGGGAUUGUGGAUGGAAUCUACAGACUCUCAGGAAUCACAUCCAACAUUCAAAGACUCAGGCAGGAGUUUUGUUCUGAGCUCUGUCCUGACCUCACUAAAGAAGUGUAUCUUCAGGAUAUCCACUGCGUCGGCUCUUUAUGUAAGCUGUACUUCAGAGAGCUCCCCAACCCUCUCCUCACUUAUGAACUCUACAAGAAAUUUACAAAUGCGGUGUCAGUUAAAGAGGAGCAGGAGCAACUCCGAAAUCAGAGUGUCAUAAAAGAACUUCCCGUUUCACACUUCAGAACUCUGGAAUACCUCACCAAACAUUUGGCACAUUUAGCUACCCUCAGUCACCAAACCAACAUGCACGCUCGCAAUCUUGCCUUGGUGUGGGCUCCAAAUCUACUUCGCUCCAAGGAGGUAGAGGUGCCCUCCUGCAAUGGUGAUAUAGCAUUUCAGGAGGUGCGGGUCCAGCAGUCAGUUGUGGAGUUCAUUCUCAACCACACUGAGCAAAUCUUCAACCAGGAAGUUCAGUCCACCAAGUCCAGAGAAGGCCUUAGCAUGGCCUGUGGGGAGAAGUACGCCACCUUGCCUGCCAGCACACAGUGUGGCCCCAUGAAGCUCAUGAGUCUUGAGGAAGCACAGGCUCGCUCUCUCAGUCCCAACCACCCAGCAAUGAGAGAGAGGCAAAGAGAGAACAGCCUUCCAGAUACCAGCACUGCGGCAAUGUAUCAUACAGUAAUAGAUCUGUCUGACAGCAGAAGAAAAUUCUCAGGAAAAUCUAAGAAGUGGAAGUCCAUCUUCAGUCUUGGACGAUCUGUCAUCGACUCUAAAGGGAAACUGAGUCGCAAUGGGAGUGUGUUUAUGAGAGGCCAAAAUUCCUCAGAAAAACCUGCUAUACGGCCAUCCAAAAGCAUGGACUCUCUUUGUUCUUUUCCAGCAGCAGAUGAGGACAAAGUACCAACAGAAGGAAGCAAUGGCAUCUUCAGCCCAGUUCUUAAAUCCCGAACCCUGGGCUCAGAUAUCAACUGCAGCCUGAACAAAAAGGAUCCAAAAUGGGACUUAGAUCCUCAUACUGCUUCAGGAGGAUGUCUGAGUGAGAAAAGAGAAGGAGCAUUAAAUGCCUCUUCUUCAUCACCAUCUUUAUCCCCACUGCAGAAAACUCUUCCAGAACAGCUGAAAGUUUUCAAAGGUGACGACCGCAGUGGCUGCCAGCCCACAUCUCCCAAAAACCGUCGGAUGUUGUAUUCUGGAUCUGCCAACAAUGGAUCGUCUAGACCAUCUUUUCCAGGCAGCCUGUUUCCGCUGGAGUCAUCACCACGGCACCAGCGGAAGGCGCUCAACAUUUCGGAGCCAUUUGCAGUGUCUGUACCUUUACGUGUGUCUGCAGUUAUUAACUCUAACAGCACCCCCUGCAGGGCACCGGGCAAAGAACGGGACAGGGGUUUAGGGGGACUCUUUAAGCCUCCUAAGGAGGCAGGACCUCUGGAAGCCCAUCGCAGUGAAAGCAUUGGCACUGCUGGAUUCCCUGUCCACAUCAGUAGCGGCAGUGGCAACUUUACGUUCACAGACUGGGAGACUGGACUAGCAGGUCACACCAACAGUACUGGGUACAGAGAGCACCCGCUCAGUGACAGCAGUGGAGGCAGCGGAUGCAGUAUCUAUAGCAACAGCAGCUCUUUCCCCAUGGAGAAGGAGGAUCAGACAGGGGAAAGAGAUAUUACAGAUACGAUCACUCUGGGGACAACAAAGAGUAAGGACGCAGAAGUGAGAGAGCUGAUAGCCAGUGUGGAGAAUUUUGAACCUCAGGUGUCAUCUGAAACUAAAGCAAUAGGGGAAGAACUGGAAACUACAUCAACACAACAAGAAAUGACAAAAUUGGACAAACUGGAAGUACUCAACAAGGUGUCAUCGUCUGGCAUGCAUCAGAAAGUUUCAGUCACUGAGGCUAAAACAAAUAUGCUAGAUGAACAGGUGAAGCCCAGCUUCACCAAGAUGACUGGAAAUGAGGACAGUCUCAAGCCAAGUGGUCAAGCACGGAGAAGAAGUAGUUUGCCCACAAAUACUGUAUCAUCAAAGGGACUCUUUAUAGACCUUACCAAAAACGAAACAGAUAUUCUCCAAGAUGCAGAUCCAUGCAGCGAAGAGGAACUAAGAACAGAUCCUGUUAAGGAAGACAACACUUCCAAAAGUGACUCGAGAGAUCAUUCAAGCAUUUAUGUAAAAUCAGAUAUUCAGACUGCUCUUCACUCUGACACAAAAGAACCAUUAGUAACAAAGGAUAUUUGUGAAAAAGAAAAUAAGGAGGUUAGUGAUGAACCCAGGAAACUUGACUUAGCAGGAAGAAUCAAGGGAAGCUUAGAAAGACUCUCAACUUGUCUGAACGAACAGCAUUUGACAUUGGAAAUUUUGUAUCAAGAUGAUGUAGACACAUCAGGGAGUAAUUUGAGUGGUUUGGAUCAGGUUGAACCAUGGGAAGACUUGUGUUCUGCCAAGCAAUGGGUGACAAGCCCUCUGCACUCACCAAAACUUGAGGAUCACUUACCUACACCAAAAGAGACUAUGCCAUGUCAAGCCAUUCACAGCCAAGUUCUUGAAAAGCCAAAAGUGGACGAGUUGCCCAGCAGCAAGAAGGAUGAAGCUAAAGAACCCUCUGUGCUUCAUGACAUUACAUCAUCUCAAAAAGAGGCUGCCUGUGAACUUGUAAACUUUGUAAACCCAACAGGAAACAAAAAUGCAGACACAGAUGUAGCUUGUUUUGCACAGGUAACAGCACAUAUUGACAGAGAUAACUGCAAGUGGAUGGGAGACAAAGAUGACGGCAAACUGGAGAUUCCACAGGUUAAGAUAUUGAAGACAUUCACUGAUGCAGACAAGACCACUGAACUGCAAAACUUGAGCAAAGCAAAACAGAAGCGCUCUUCUCCCUCUCAGAGAUUUCAUCGACAGACAUCCCAAGAGUCCUGUGUUGUGGAGAGAAGUCAAGAAAACAUUAAACCUAAACUCAGGCCAUGCUCCCUAAACCUUGAUUUAGGACACCAAGGUUUCAGAGACAUCUCAAAUAGUCAGUAUCUGAAAAGUGCAAAGCAAUCAGUUGCACAGGAAUGGGUGACACCUGAAUCCAAGCAUUGUAGCUCAUCCCUAGAGUUGGAGCUAUUCCUGAGUGGCUCCAAGGCACCUAUGCGACGCAACUCUGCACCAGUCAGCGUGUCAUCAGUUCGCACUGCAUUCAUGAUCAAAACCUGCCAAGCUAAAGCUGUUCCAGUUAUUCCACCAAAAAUUCAAUACAGCCACAUACCUCAUGCCCUACCUGAGGGGAGCACGGAUCAAGUCAGUAAAAGUACAUCUGAAAAGAAACCUGCCAAGAGCAAGUUGGGAAAAGCAAGUUCUGUACUUCCCCUCCAGAAAGUCAAAGACCACAAGGAGGACCUGCCAAGCCUUGAACAACCAUCAGGGGUUCAAAGACAGAAGCCCACGAACAAUGCGACAUGCAACGAGAAUUUCAAACCAACAGCCAUUCCGGAUCUUCCAGUGUUGAGAAGGAAGCGAUCUGCAAAUGGGGACUACUUUAUGGAUCGUCCUAGACCUGAGCGCUCAACGCUUCUUCAGAGAUCGUCCUUCAGAAAUCGCCCAAGACCUCAAAGUCUCAUCCUGUUUAGCCCCCCUUUUCCAAUCAUGGACUACCCUCCCGUAGGGGAAGAUGGUAAACUAGUCCUAUCUCCCAUUAAAGCUGAAGCAUCACCAUUUGAUGUCUAUGCAAAAGAACUAGCUGAAAACCUCAAAACUCCCGAGGGGGUAACCUUGCGAAAUAAAAUGACUUUGCCAAAGAGUGGACAAAGGCUUGAGACCUCAACCAGUUGCUUUUACCAGCCACAAAGGAGGUCAAUGAUAUUUGACAACAGAAGUAACAGGCAAAUUGAGUGAGAUAAGACUGACUUGUAAUUGGCCAUCAUGUGAUAACUAGCGAACUUCUAGCUUAUCAAAUGUGACCGAGUGUCAGUAUACCUUAUAGAACACACAAACGAUGCUUGGAAAUCAAGGUGCCGUUAAUCUUGAUAAUCAGAACUGUAAGUAUGAAGCUUUGUGUAAAAUGCUGCUACUGCUAAGGAUUUAUAUCAGAGAUUUUUUUUUCUAUCUUUGCAAGAAAAACUGAAACAUGCCUAAGGAUAUACCUGGGAAACUCAGCAGGCUCCUACUGUAUAUGUAAAUACAGACUGUACAAGCACAUCUCAGUUUAAUUUGACUCCAUUCCCUUCCUGUGGAACUGAAGGUCUUUGUGUCUGCUGUUUUUAUCAUGAUCGGAACGUAGUAUGUUUACAGUUGGAGCAUUUAUAAAUUAUCUACAAAUCUACAUUAUGAAAUUAGGUGUUCAGCAUGCCAGCCAAUAAGUUAAAACUAUUAAGAUAUUUACAAUAUCGACAAAAAAACAAACAUUUAUUUAUUCAAUAGUGUCUUGUUUUGUCAUCGUCAUACAAAAAAUGUACUCUAAAGAGUAAAAAUCAAUUUGUACAGAUGUUUGGGGUAAAAGUCCAAAGAUUUGAAGAUAGUUUAAAGGUCAAUGCUCUUGAAUAAUUCAAACAUUGUUUCAGGCUGUGUUCUCUUCUCUGGUGAAUAUAGUAGAUGCAGUUUGAUUUUUUUUAAUAUUUUCAAAUCUCCUGAUUACUUGGUUAACAGAAAUGUUUGAAACAAAUAUAGUGAGGUUUCAAAAAAUAAGAAUAUAAAGAAACUGCCCAUAUUUUAUAUAAACUAUAGAGCAGAGAAAAUGUAUUUUGAAGCAGACAGGGACAAGGAUGAAAGAUGAAGUUGUCAGUUAUUGUAACCAAAGAACACUAACCUUGUAAUAUGCUCUUUUUGUAUUCAGUCACAUUGGAUUUAUUGUAUGUAUUCCAUUCUAAACAAAAUAAUAAAAACACUUCACAUGUAAUGUGUA